CAUUGUUAACACACAAGAAUCAAAAACAUCACUCACUCACUCAAAACACCUUAACCAUGAUCAAGAUUCCAAACCUUAAAAUCCCCGAAUGGGACACGACACAAUACGAGGGAGGAUCAUUCUUAAACCGUUUCAUUUCAAACGACACCGACACACAAAUUUCCGAAGAUUUCGACUUACCCGUUCAUGUUUUCUCUUCCGACCAUUUCCGAAUGUUCGAAUUCAAAGUGAGAAAAUGCCAGCGUGGCCGGUCUCACGACUGGACGGAAUGUCCGUACUCUCACCCCGGCGAGAAAGCUCGCCGGAGAGACCCUCGGAAGUUUAACUACUCCGGGACACCUUGCUCGGAGUUUCGCAGAUUAGGAAGCUGUACUAAAGGUGAUUCGUGUUACUUCGCACAUGGUGUUUUCGAAUGCUGGCUUCAUCCUUCUCGCUACAGGACACAGCUUUGUAACGACGGGACAGCUUGUCGCCGGCGAGUGUGUUUCUUUGCUCACACCGUUGAUCAACUUCGUGUCUCGGGUAAGGCUUCACCUGAAACGUUUGUUUCUUCUCCUACUUCGGUUCUUGAAUCUCCUAAUGGAAACUCCAGAUACGGUGGCGUUCCGGUGAAUAUGCGGGAGUUAGUUGACUGCAUGAGAGAUGUUCAAAUUAUGGAUUCCGGUCGGGUGGAGUCUCCAAGGGGUGGGUUUUUUGGUCUUCCAUCAAGGUAUGAAGGGGUUAGUAUGGAGAGGGUGGAAUCUGGAAGAGAUCCUAGGGCCAAAAUCUAUGGGAAACUCUUCAACGAUAGUGUUGUUUCGGUUCCUGUUCCUGAUUUUGGAUGGGUUUCGGAACUGGUUAACUGAAUUUGGGAUCGAAGAAUAUGAUUUUACUUUGUAUAGAUGAUGAAUGAUGCAAAAAGGAAGAAGAAUAAUAUUUGUGCAUAGGUGAGGAGCAUGAGAUGAGACCUUGGUGUCUCUUUGAUUUCUAAUUCCUUUUCUUACAUUUAAUCUUCUUCUUGUGUUAAGGAUUUGUUGAAGAUUGAAUAGCAUUUGAUUGUCUUCAUUGUUUUUUUUUUUUUUGGUUAAACUUGUAUUUUGUCUUUGUUUUGUGUUUUUGUUGGAUGUUUAUAUGUAACAGAAGAAACUUGAGGAA